GAAGAAGAAUAGUGUAGUAGGUUUCAUGGUACACCAUGUAUCUUUCUUGGGCAAGUGUUGGUCCUGAAAAGGACCACCCAAUCUCGACGUAUCGACAAGUGUGUUCUUGUCAUCUUCUAGAGAACAUUCUCCUGAAGACAACAAGAAUGCACUUGUCGAAACGUCGAGAUUGGGUGGUCCUUUUCAGGACCAACACUUGCCCAAGAAAGAUACAUGGUGUACCGUGAAACCUAAUACAUCAAGCAUACCUCGAAAGAAAGAGAAUGACUCAAUGACACUACUGUAAGUUUGAAAAUUGGAUCAUAGCAAGCUUCGCAAAGUCAUCCAUUGUUAUACUGAUUGUAGGCUCAAACAUGAUAGAUGGCGCUGUCCGUAAUGCAAGACGAGCGAGACAUGUGUUGUUGUUCCCCCCCCCCCAAAAAAAAAAGAGAACGUUAUCAUGCACAAUAGAUCUGUGAAUGGUUGCGCUGUGCCAUGAUUUACUGGAAAAUUAUCCUGUCUAAGUUCUUUUGGUGAUUUUAGUAAGAUAUUCUCAUUAAAAAUGAUGUGGUUGUAGGUAGACAAUAUUGGAAAAUGUAUGUAAUGAAAGUGAGUUUGCGAAGGAAUUUUUAUUUUUUUAUUGAAAAAAAAUGAUCAUGGGGGUAAUACUACAUGUGUGUUCAUGAGGAUAAUGGGGUCAAAGGUCAUCUAGGGGUCAAGAGGUCAUAUUGCAUCUUCUUUUUUAUUGCGAAAGUAGGCGAGACUUGUGGUUUGUGAACCACCUUGUUUAUUGGGGGCCACACACAUGCGCUUCUUCAACGAUCCUUGAUCUGAUAACAAGAUAUAUGCAAAAGAUAGUUCAUAUGAAUUAUCUGCAGGGUUUAGGAUGAUGAAAAGGUAAGAUGACACUGAUAUUUUUGGUGGAUGGGUUUGAAAAAGUUUCACGUUAAUGUUGAUUUAUGUGUCGUAAAAUCUGUCUUUAGCGAGGUGUGUAAUCACCUCGUUUAAUCAAUUCACUCAGACCAGUCUUUUUUUUUUAAACACUUGUAUUAUUAACAUCUAAUAAGCCAAACUUCCUUUGCUAUUUCUGUGAUCCCAACUCCUAAGAUAUUUGACGCGGACAGAAUUACUGAUUUUGAUGUUUUGAUCACAGAUCACCUUGCGAUUUAUCAAAAGUUUAGAGGGAGCUAUACAGUCUGUGACGGACAAACUGAUUGGUAGUCAUUUUGAAGACCUGGUACAUGCGAUCCAUGCCCCAUACAUUCCAUAUCUGAUAAGAUACAGCUUCUAUGAGGAAGAACAUUUAAUACAAGAACUCUCAACUAUUAAUAUGGCAAGGCAUGAUUUGAUAGACUGCGCUCAGUUACUUUCAGAUUCACUCAAUAAGAUAUUCAAACUGACAAAUGAGGCUUUAGACAGAUGUACAUCUUUUACUGGAGGCUUUGGUAUUGCUGGUCUAUUAGCAGCACUCAAAGCCUUCUUUAGCUUGUAUUGUCAGAAGUUUGACAGAGCUUUGGAGACAUUGAGGUCAUCCUGUGGACUUGACCCAGGAAGUACUAAUGCUAUGAUGACCUCUGUUGGGGCAGAACUGGGGGAGGAUUGGAGCAAGUUCCAGAAUGCUCUCAAAAUAGUCCAGACCUGUGGUGAGUUACUAUUACAGAGUGAAGAGUUUGAGCUUCAGUUGAGUAGCAGUCUUCUUCAUACAUGUAGUAGCUAUGACAUACAAAUCUUCUCUCCUACAUCACCAACAAAACCAAGUGUGUCAUACAGCAGUCCAUUCAAGGAAUAUAAUUACUUAGCAAGAGAAGAUCCUUCUCAACAUGCCGCCUUUCAAGAUCUUAUAAUCAAACUCAGAGAAGAUGAGAGUUCAUCUCUUCUUGAAGAGCCAUUAGAAGCCAUGUUGAAGAUCACUGAGCAUGCUCAGAAACUUGCGUUUGGUAUAGUCUUCUUUCAGCUACAACUCCAGCUUUCUCAAGUAUCACAAAUGGAGGUUUGGACUGACAAGGGAGGAAUGUUAUCAGCUGAUCUACCUACUUUCAGUUUAUCUCCUCAAGAAUAUAUUACCAAGAUUGGUCAGUAUUUAAUGACCCUACCCCAGCAGCUUGAUAUUUGUACAAACCAGGAUAAUCCAGCCAUGGAGAAAGCAUUAGAAGCUAGUCAAUUACCAUUCCCACCAUCUACUGGUUCUCCAGAAGUGGCACAUCUAGCCGAUCACUGGAUUGGGUCUGUUGCCAGGGCAACAAUGCAUAUGUAUGUUGAGGUCAUUUUGAGGAUCAAUGAGCUAAGCCCACAAGCAGCCAGGCAGUUAGCAACAGACAUAGAUUAUUUGUGCAAUGUAGUUGAUGCUCUUGGGAUACAUCCAUCAAAGAAUCUGAAGCACAUUGAAGAACUACUCAAGCUUCCUCUCUCACAGUACGGUGAAAAGAAAGGAAUAAUACCAGAUAGAUUAAUGCAUGCUGUAGCGAGUAUGAGGAGCCAAGCAGAGUCCUAGAUUGAUCUCAACAUGGGCCUGUAUUCUACAUGAACUAUUCAGAUUUCAUCUACAUAAUUGCAGUUGAUUCAGCUUAUGCAUUGAGAACGGCCUUGUAAUAAAUUUAUGCUUUUUGCUCAGGGCGUUAUAGGCCCUGUCACACCAUUCUGUUAAAGUCAUGUGGGUGAGUUUAGGGCAGUUACUCGCAAUUCACCCACAACAAGUUUUGAGCAAGUUCAAUGUUCUUCAUGUGAAUUAGACUUCUGUGCACUCCAGUGGCAACUGUGUUCGAGAUACAUGUGAGAUACUGUCAAUGAGGGACACCGACAGGUCACUUUGGGUAGUAAAUCUAGUCAUCCACAAAUCACAUGCAAGGCUUGCACGGAAUGAUGUGACAGGGCCAUAAAUAAAUACAGAAUUAAGCACAGUCAUAAAAUUUGCGUAGUCCUCUGUAAUAUAUCCCUCCUGAUUUAAACCUAUUUUGUGAAUUCAGACCAGUUGGUCUGAGAACGUGACUUCACUCUUACAUGUAGCGUGGUAUUUUAUGAUAUGGUAAGAUUUUUACCUUUACAAAUUUUAUAACAGAAAAAUUAAAUAUUUCUAAAAUAUUGCUUGUAAAGCACAGAGGUGGCAUGAUAGCUUAGUCCUUAGGUUUCACAAUCCAUAGAUCCAGGUUUCAUUCCCAUUAUGUGCACUAGUGCUCUUGGUAAGGCAUUUAUCUUCAGGUCUUUUGAAGACCUCUGGUUGCAUGUUAACAAGCAUUCCUGUUGUCCUAGCACUUAGGUAAAAAUAAAUUACUUCCACCAUACUGUGAGAAUGAAUUAUCUCUAUUCUUCAUAAUUGAAUAUUUUGUACAGAUUUUACAUAUAUUUUUUUGAUAGCUUAUUAAGUUGAAUCACAUAUAGUAAAGACACUCUCCACAAGUUAAGUUUUCAUGAUUGCAUAAGUGGAAUGUAUUUAAAGUAUAUUGUACCUCUCUGAAGUAUUCAAAUCCUUUCCAUAAGAAUUUGGAAGUCUUUCUCACUCUUAGUCAGGCAGUAUCAAUUAGUGAUUAGGCAGAAAUAUCAAGGAGAAAGAUAUCUUCCAAAUCUGGGCAACAUUUGGAAGGAUACUUUAAAAAUCAAGAAAUUUGACCUGGGCAGAUUCAGCUGUGUUUAGAAUGCAAGUUGAAUGGACAGAAAAAGUCAAAUAAUGGUAUUUUAUGUGCAUUUUUGGCUCAUUUUGGUGAUAAUGUGACUAUUAAAGUAGAAAUUGGGGGUGUAAUUGAUUGAGUCGGUUGAUCAGUCUACACAUUGUAUCCUAUGCCAUUGAUGGCUAUCCAUAGCUAGUGUGAAUCCUCUAAGCACUAUCUCACCAAUAAGGUGACCCAUUGUUUUCUCCAUGCAAAUAAGAAACACAUUCCAUACAUUCAUCUGUAUAAAUGAUAUGAUUAAUUCAUAUGUAUCCUUUAAUUGGGUGUUAGAAUCAUGAGGAUUUUACAUACUACACUGUAGUCCAGGAUAGGCCCCAUAGAAAAUUGACUAAACCUUGUUUUUUCAUAUAUACAAUAUUUUUUUAUGGUUUCUUGUCAAUUCGAGGGUGCUGAUUACGAAUCUGAAUGAUGCCACUCGUGUAACCUUGAGCAUUUUCCACAAAUUGGCAAAAUCCAAUAUGGCCGCCAAAAUAUGCAAAUUACCCAUGAAAAUCAUAAAACUGCCAGCAGAUUGGCUAUAAAAUGUAUGUAAUCCUGUUGCAGGAGUGAAAUACUCUCUGAAAAAAAGAUUUUUGAAAAAUAUUUAUUUUCUUGAUAUUUAAAAUGGCCGCCAUAGACCGCUGUAUUUGAUCAACAUUAUGUACAAUAUGAAUGUGGAAAAAUAAUUUUCACAAAAGUUAGCACUAAAUGCAAGUAAUUGUGAUUUUUUUGUGAACGAAUGGAUGAAAACAUGAUUGCUAACCAAAAUAUCAUUUGUUAUGUCAUGUAUGUAAUAAAUGAAGCAUUUUAGUAUUCAAAAGCCACCAAACGCCCUGACAGUAUUAUGUAUAAUGUUAACCCUAAUUCUCCCGGGGGGGGGCCAUAAAUGGCCCCCCCCCCCCUCAACAAUUUUUGCGAUAUAUCUGCUGCGCAAAAUUUUUUGACCUCGCCGCUCACAGACUUUUUACUUUCAAGUCUCGCGCAAAUUUUGUGACGCCCGGGUACGCGGUUACGACAUUACGCAACAUUAUGUAAGUGCAUGUCAGACCCAAAAUUGCUCAUAAACGUGAUUUCAUGUACAAAUCCAAUGCAAAUUGUGUAUUUGGCCAAAAUUCAUAAAUGUAUCAUUAUUUCUACUUUUAAUGAUCAAACUUAAUUAAUUUUGCCUUGUUUAUGAUUAGAAUUAAGUCUGGAACGAUUUCCAUUG